AGGGAGACAAGAUGGCGGCUGGUGAGGAGCCGCCAGCGUCGCCGAGCUGUUGCUGCCCGCCUUCCCCGGGCGGCGGCGACCACGACCACGGUGAGGACGAGCCGCGAUGAUCACCGCCCCCGACGUGGUGGCCCUGGCCCGCCAGGAGGACGGGGAAGGGGAGAGGGGGGAGGAGGAUGAGCGGCCGGCGCCUCCCUUCCACUUCCAGCCCCACAACCCCUGGGCCGGGGCCGCCGCCGCCACCGCCACUUUGCUCAAGGAUUUCAUUCUCAUUUCCGAGUUUUCCGAGCAGGUAGGCCCUCAGCCGUUGCUAACCAUCCCGGACCAUGCCCGCGGCAACUUUGACCUCAACUAUUUCUCUCUCAGGAUCAUGUCUGUGGAUUACCAGGCCUCCUUCGUGGGCCACCCUCCCGGCACCAGCUACCCCAAGCUCAACUUCGUGGAGGACUCCAAGGUGGUGCUGGGCGACUCCAAGGAGGGCGCCUUCGCCUACGUCCACCACCUGACCCUCUACGACCUGGAAGCCAGGGGCUUCGUCCGCCCCUUCUGCGUCGCCUACAUCUCCACGGAUGAGAACAAGAUCAUGCAGCAGUUCCAGGAGCUUUCGGAUGACUUCUCCAGAGCCUCCGAGUGCCUGAAGACUGGCAACAGAAAAGCGUUUGCCAACGAGCUGGAAAAUAAACUUCAGGACCUGGAGUAUACCCGGAAUGUGCUGCACAAUGAAACAGAAAUCCAGAAAAAGUCAAACGAUAAAGGAUAUUACUCUUCGGUUGCGAUAGAGAAGGCGAAUGAACUAGCCAAUGUGGAGAAAUGUAUAAUCGAGCAUCAAGAUCUCCUGAUGCAGAUCAGAAAUUAUUCAUACAAAAAAACGAGAGAUGCCGGCUAUUUUACACACGAGCCAGAUAAUGGUACGGAACAUCCAGACUCUGGGUUGGAGGAAAUGCAAAAUAGGGACGAGUCGUCUGAAAAAAAUAGUUUAUCCGAUGGAAGAUCUUACAUACCCAAAUUUACAAAAACUAAAUCUGCAAAAUGCUUUGAAAAGAAACUGAAAACCCUGGAAGAACUUUGUGACAGCUACUUUUUUAAUCAAACCUUAGAACAACUUAGGCAGGUGGAGAAAUUCUUCAGGGGGGAUGUAUGCUAUCUCCUUACCAGUCAAAUUGAAAAGGUGCUCCUGCAACAACAACGGACAACUUAUUUUCUCUUUGAAGACUCGCUACUCUUCACUGAUGAAGAACCAGCCGAAAAGGAACAGCACUGUGAAAAACCCCUGCCUGGUUUUAAUCUUAUCACUGUUAAAGCUUUGGACCACCCUUGUCUAUCAACUGAAGCGGCAAGCUGUGAUUCGUACAAGUCUUGCGUAGAGUCUGUACCCAUUAAACUGGAUCCUCAAAUUAGCGUAGACAGUUAUUGUGGGUCUAUGUCUGAUUCCGUUCCAUUCAAAAGUCUCUUUGGAACUUCGGACUAUCUUGAAUUGGAAGGGAAAGAGAAAGGAAGUAUUAGUAGUGGUGAAAGCAUUGAAGUCCUGCGUACAGAAAAAUCCUCCUCGACCCCAAUAUCAUCGAAAUCUGACAACCAGACAGACUCGCAGAGCCAGCAUCUGCAUGUUGUGAGGCGGAAAUUUGUUGGUACUAGGAGGGCGAACAGCGAGGACAGCAUUGAGGUACUAAGUACCACUGAAUCACUGAUACCCGAAGACCUGAAAGCUGCCUAUCCAAAUGCAAUCCAUGAAGAAGAAGCACCUUUAGAAAAUGAAACAAUUGGGCUGAGCACAGAUCUUAUGGAGCCCGAUGCAAAUCUAAACCAUACUAAUGGGUUUAGCAACACAAAUUUUGAAACUGGAACCAUUAAUUUCUCUGCGUUAUCUGAGCCCGUUGACCCUUCUUGUUGUAUUGGGAAAGAGAGCCCAAAUUUUAAUAAGUCUGUACCUACAUUUGUAACCGAAGAGUACAGGGAUGGGGUUGUCAAUGUUCCACCACAACGCAGCAAAACCAUCAGUCACCUAUUCCACAGUGAUUACCCACAGCAAGAAGGGGGAGGUGGAUCGGAUAACGCUGCAGAUCAAGUAUUCUCUCCCUGUGAAAAGGAAUACAGUGAUCUACCCGGUGCUGGAGAAAUGGCUCGGCUUCCAGUGGAUGAGUAUUUGGACAACAUGAGCUACAUAAGUGCAUCUUUAUAUUCUGAUCGGACUCCAUCUCCAGCCCUCCCAACCAGUCCGUCAAAGAGGCUCUCUGAAAGACGCAAGAAGCAUUCGGGGAAGAAUUCUCUGUGGUUUAUACGGCAAUAUUCUUUUGCACAGCAGGCAAUAUUUUCACUGCUGUCAGGGCGGACCCUUGUGGUGGUUGGUGAGCACGAAGGGAAAGUCAAGAAGCUUGUCAAUGCCUUGUCAAUAUUUGUCCCCAGUCAUGGCAGAGGUGCAGAUUCUGUGAAGCAAUGGGUAACGCUUCCUUUGCACGUGGAUGACUUGCAGACUUGGAAACUCAUUGGACUUCAGAGAAUAGCUUCUCCUCUGGGCACCAGUAUGCUGCACUCGCUGAAUCGUUAUAGCCGCUAUGUCACCAUUCUGGACUGCGACAACAAAACACUGCAUUGCCCGCAGUAUAAAGGACAGCUGAUUACCCGAAUGGCCGACCAUAGGACUCAGAUAAAGAGGGGCAGCACUUACUACAUGCACGUUCACAGUAUGCUGACCCAGCUCAGUUCCCAAGCUUUCCUCUACACCUUCUGCCAUCACCUGCAUCUUCCCAUCGACGAGAGGGAGAGCGAAGAUUCAGUCACCUGUCGCAGAGUAAACUUUUUAAAGCAUCAUCUGGGGCUGGUGAAUGAUGACAGCAAAAUAGUGCAAUACUUUGCAGAACUGAUCAAGAUGCACUACCUGCACGAACCUCCAAAGGGCUUGAAUCCGCUUCUGCGGUUUCACUACGACCCCAGUGUGGUGUUUAAGAUCUAAUUCUGCAACUCUCCGAUUCAAAGCUGAAUUUUUAUCACGCACUUCGGUCGGAGAAAAGCAUGACCUCCUUCCAUUUGUUUCUCCCUGCGAUGUUGUACCAUCACCCGUGUUGUACAAAAGGGGCAGCAGUCUGGCUGUGGCAGGUCAUGGACAUGUGAGCAUUUUUUAACUUGCAGAUCAAUGACUCAAACUAUGGCAAGAGUGAAUCAAGAAUUUACAUAUCUAGCAGGGCAGCACAGUGUGCAGCUGUGGAGUUGCUGACUUACAGCAGCAGCAAUAGAGUUGCUGCCUUGCAGCACCAGAGACCCGGGUUUGAUCAGAGUACGGGUGCUGACUGUACGGAGUUUGUACAUUCUCCCUGUGGCCACGUGGGUUUUCUAUAGGUGCUCCCACACUACAAAGAUGUGCAGAUAAUUGGAGGAUAAUUGGCUGGUAAAAUUGUAAAUUGUCCUUUAUGUGUAGGAGAAUGCUUCUGCAUGGGGGUGAUCGCUUGUCGGCAUGGACUCGGUGGGCCGAAGGGUCUGUUUCUGCGCUGUAUCGCUAAAUCUUAAGCGCACUGAAUUACCUCCAGUUCAGUAUACUGGAUCAUAUUUCUAAAUGAUCUAACGCGUUGGGUAGGGUGAGAAAUGAUCUGAGGACAAAGCAUGAAGGAAUGGGAUAUACCCAAGUGCAUGGUUAAGGCGAGUCUUUUGGUAUCUUGUUCCAUUUCCUGCUAUCCUAGACGGGAUGGUGUUUGACGUGGACUGCGUGCUGGUAAGAACGAAACCAAAUCAAGGUGAACUAAGAGGCUCAGAAACAUCACCCGGUGAUCUAUCGUGUGUUACACCUCCAUGUUGCUGAACUAAUACCCAGUGCGCGUCUGCAUUUUGGCUAAUUUCUGGGUGAUAGGUUGCGUUGCGACAAUACUGUUAUGAACCAGAUUAUCUGUAGUUGUAAAAGUUGUGAAUAGAUCCAAAGUGGAUCUUGUCCAGAAAGUAAAUUCAGCUUUUUAAUAUGUCCAAUCGCUGGUGAAGGAUUAGAAUGAUACGGCUGCGUACAUUGUAGUGUUAUAGCAAGGUUUUCUUCAUAUUUGACAUUGUUAAUGUUUAACGGAGAAAAUCCACGUUACGAAUGGUCGGCUACUUGCAUGCUGUCAGGGUGGCCCCAAGUUCCAUACGGGUUUCCCAUUGCUGGCAGUGGGAAGCCUAGUUUACAAAGAUAACUAUUUCCGUAGGUGUGCGUGGGGAUCAACGGAGAGGAGGGGAUGGGGGAGAGCUAGCA